AUGGAGACUCUAUUGGCCCAUUCCUUUGACUAUCUUUCCUCUCAUGAGCCCAGCAAAGUCCGAAAGGGCCUGCGACAGGUAGAGGGCCUGUUGGCCCAGAUUUGCCUCUCAAAACCCGUCUCCAAAUCUCCGCCCGACCGUCGAAGGUCUCAUCUGGCCGUCGAAGCCCAGCCCGUGCCGAAGGCCUUGACCGACCUGCACGAUGACCCGGCAUUUAGGGAAUUUUUCAAGCUCCAGCAGAGCUUCCAAUGGAAUGUGGCAAUGCGCCUAGUAUCCUGCCUCGAACACCUCCUCGGCCGCGGGAGCAAUGGCACAAACGACAUGCUCAUCGUCUGCACCCUCGACCUCAUCCAAGGUGCCCUCCUCCUCCACCCACCAUCGCGCACCCUCUUUGCCCGCGAAAUCUACAUGAAUCUUCUCCUCGAUCUCCUCGACCCAAUCAAUUGCCCAGCCAUCCAAUCAGCAACUCUCCUCACCCUCGUCACAGCCCUCCUCGACUGCCCAGCGAAUACCCGCACCUUUGAAGAUCUUGACGGUCUUCUCACCAUCACAUCACUUUUCAAACAGCGCGCAACAUCCCGCGAAGUCAAGCUCAAACUCGUCGAGUUCCUUUACUUCUACCUGAUGCCGGAAACUCCCAUCCUAGGCCCCGGCUCGGCUCCUAUACCUAGUCCGCCGGGCCUGCAGCGCAGUCCGAGCAAGCUUUCCUCGCGCCCAAUGUCACAACACUCGCAUUCACCGGCGGCGGCAAAGAUUGCGCGCGAUACGAGGACAACGGAUGAGAAGCAGGCCCUGCUGGGGAGAUAUUUGAAUAAUGUUGAGGAUUUGGUAGAGGAUUUAAAGGAAACAGCUCCAUUUGGGGCUACGGUAUACUGA